UCACAAGUCUAAUAAUAUUUGAUUUGGACCAUAAAAAUUGUUAAUUUUCUUAGAAACCCUAAAUUAACAGCAGCGAGUCCAGUUAUGGAUUGAACCCUUGCGUCGGUUAUGUGGUAUGAAUCAUGCUAGUCUCACCGUAAGGAAAUAAUUGUGUAGACUUUCUCUAAGCUCACGUUCCCUGUUCGCUGCUAUCCAACCCCAGGAAAGGAACCACUCCACUGUCUCCCGCUGCGCCUCCUCCCUCGAAAGUGAUGCUAGUUUACUGACAGUGAAGUACAAGCCGAGUUCUGGGCUUACAACCUGUGCAUUCUACUAUUUUCUGUGGUUAUUGUCCUGAAUGCUUUGUACUUUCUAUUCUCUCACAAUUAAGCAAGAUGAGGAGCACUAGCCGGCAGAAAGAAAUAUAUGGAAAAACUAAGCAGUCCCCUGGGAACUUCAAUGAGGGAACUGCUGCUCGAACAAGACCCUUUAACUUUGAUGAGAUCAUGGCUAGAAGGAAAGACAAGAAAUUAUCUGAAAAUGUCAAAGUGGGAGUGGGAGCUAGUGAACCAGUGAAUAUAUCAACAGUUGGCAUUGUUGAAAAUGUUUCCAGUCAUUAUAGAUCUGAAACAGAUAAUGGAGGUGUUAAAGGUUCAUCCUUGACACAUGAAAAGCCCUUGUUGGAGGAAUUUGUAGAGGCAGGUUUCAGAGAGAAAGAUAAGCAAAAGUUUACGAAGGAUGAUAGUUCAACUAGAAGGAAACACAGAGGAGAUUAUGAUUCAGAAACUAAAUCAAUGAGCAAAAUGAUAAAAGACGUAAGCAAUAAAGCAAAAGAGGUGACCGAUAAAACAAUUCAUGGCCGGGGAAGAUUUGACAACCCGUUAAGUGAUAAGGAAACUGCAAAGAAGCGUUCAAGAGAUGUAAAUAAGAAGGAUGGACAUGCAGACAAAAAUAGAGGAGAAUCUGAAAGAGGAAGCAAGAGAAAUUACCCAAAUGGAGGUAAUGAGAAACACAGAGAGAGAAUAGCCCCAAAGAAACAUGAUCGAGAAACAAAGCAAGAAUCUGAAAUUUCUGAGAGAAGGGAAAGGAAGGAGUUGUCAAAAGUUUAUAAUGAAGAAUUAAGGUUGAAAAGAAGGCGAUCAAAGAGUCGAGAGCGUGAAGGCAGGAAAAGGAGGUCUGUUUCACAUUCACCCAAGUCACGCAAACAUACUUCUCAUCAGAGGCUAGAGCAUGGGGAGAUGUCCACACAUUCUUUUAAGGAUAGGUCUGGACAAAAGCAUUCUGAUGUUGACAGGAGGAGGGUAACGAGCAAUGGUUUGACUAGCUACCAUAGGCGACACGGUGGGUCAUCUAGUGGGCUUGGUGGCUAUUCACCAAGGAAGAGAAGAAGUGAAGCUGCUAUGAAAACUCCUUCCCCAAUUCAUCACUCACCUGAGAAGAAAGCUGGUAAAUCUACCGGAACAGGUACAUCAGUCCCUGGUUCAGUCGCUUCUGAUUUGCAAGCAUCAAACCAAACUAUAUCCUCAAAUAUCCUUGAAGUUACCAGUACUGUUCCUAUCGCUUCAACUUCAACGAAGCUCCUUUCUGCUGUUUCACCCAGUGUUUUAUCAAAUAAGGAGAGUGGUCCGAUUGACUCUAUUCAGCUAACACAAGCCACCCGUCCUAUGAGGAGGCUCUAUGUAGAAAAUAUUCCUGCUUCUGCUUCUGAGAAGGCUGUGAUGGAGUGUUUUAAUAAUUUAUUGUGUACUUCUGGUGUUAAUUAUAUUGAAGGAGCCCAACCAUGUAUCAGUUGUGCGAUUCACAAAGAGAAGGGCCAAGCUCUGCUAGAAUUUCUUACUCCUGAGAAUGCUUCAGCUGCCCUUUCUUUUGAUGGCACUUCAUUCGCAGGCUCCAUUCUCAAAAUUAGACGUCCCAAAGACUUUGUUGAAGUGGUAACUGGUGAACAAGGAAAAUCCAUGGCUGCUAUUGAUUUGGUCAGUGAUGUUGUGAAAGACUCUCCUCAUAAGAUAUUCAUUGGUGGAAUCUCAAAGUCAGUCUCGCCUAAGAUGCUUAUGGAGAUCGUUAGUGCAUUUGGACGUUUGAAGGCAUACCAUUUUGAAGUUGUUAAGGAUCUUAAUGAAGCAUGUGCUUUUCUGGAGUAUGUUGACAAAUCAGUUACUCUGAAAGCUUGUGCGGGAUUAAAUGGCAUGAAGUUAGGAGGGAGAGUAAUAACUGCAGUUCGAGCAAUUUCAGAUGCAUCAGCAUUGGAAACAAGUGGAGACCUACCAUUCUAUGGGAUCCCUGGACAUGCUAAACCACUUCUUGAGCAGCCCACUCCAGUUCUGAAGCUGAAGAAUGUGUUAAAUUCAGAAGCGCUUUCAUCCCUGUCUGAACUCGAACUGGAAGAAGUUAUCGAAGAUGUACGAUUAGAGUGUGCCAGGUUUGGCACAGUUAAAUCUGUUAAUGUUGUCAAGCUUCAUGAAGGCUGUAUGCUCAUGUCAGAAGCUUGCAAAAUUAAUGACAAAACAGAAUGUGAUGAGAGCCAGCAAAUUUUAGGCAAUGAAGAAACAGAUUUGAAAGGAGGGUCUUCAGAAGAAGCCAUUGACCAGUUCUCUGGAGGAAAUAGUGGAGCGGAGUCUCUGGAUGGCACCAGAGGAAUGUUGGAAGUUGAUGAAGUUUUAGAAAGCAGUGGCAUCAAUCAUGAGAGGCCCGACCGUAUGGAGGAUGUGCCAUGUGAGCCAGGUGGACUUGAUCAUGACAUUGAUGUUGAAGCCCUAGCUGGCAAGAGCACAUUGGGAUCAUUUGCUCAAGAAGCUCUUCUGCAGCCAAAUACACCAAGAGAGGAAUCAGACCUUAGAGACAAUGAGGUAAGCGUGGGUAUGGAAGGUGGCAACAGUGGUGUGGAAACCAAAUUAGUCAUUCGAGAAGAGGGAACUCGUGAAAAUGAUAGUGUGGAUGUAUCUGAGGCUUCUGGCAAGUUUGACAAUGAUGAUCAGGAUCGUAGUAGUCUCGAACGCAUGUUUGAGCCGGGCGGUGUUUUUGUUGAGUAUGGAAGAACAGAGGCUUCUUGCACAGCAGCACAUAGUUUGUAUGGGAGGCUGUUCGAUGACCGCAUUGUGACAGUGGAAUAUGUACCUCACCAUCUCUACCGGGCAAGGUUUCCGAAAUGAAUGUGCUACGUUAUCGAUUAAACUGGUUAGCAUGAUUUUGUUUGCCAAAUGACAGUUUAUAUAAUUAGGUCUGUCUAAGCCUGGUGAUAUUCCUACAUUGAGCUGCACUUUGUUUAUGCCAAUAUCUUAUAACAACCUUCAAAGCUUUGGCCUGGUUGUGACUGGUGAGAUGAGAUCAGAUUGAAUAGUUUGGUUACGUCUAACACAGGUGUUAGAUCACAUGAGACAGGUGUUCAGUGAUAACUUUAUUUUUUACACCCUAUUAGUACAUGGUAAAGUUCUUGGAAGGGAUAUUGGCACCCCCACUUUUAGUA